AGUAACUUCAUAAUUACAAGUCCUAUUCGAGACAGAAAAGCAAUCAGCGGAAGGUUUGAACAGCUCGGCUCGUGAUGGAUCUAAUAAUAAAGGGAUUUAAUGGAGAAACGAAAUCUCUGUCUGUGGGCUACAACACCACAGUUGGUGAACUGAAGCAGCUCAUUUCACGGGACUUCAGUGUGCCACCUUCACAGCAGAAACUUUCUGCAAAUAACGGACACCGAAUCAGCCUUGAUGACGAUUCCAGAACACUCAGUAGUUACGGUUUGCACUCGGGGUCCGCGGUGAUGCUCCUCAUCAUUCCUCUUCAGGUGUUCGUCAAGAACGAGAAGGGCCAAACAAAAACAUACGAUGUCGACGUCAAUGAAACCGUAGAUCAGCUCCAGCAAAAGAUCUACAACAAAGAAAGUGUCCCUGUGGAUCAGCAGAGACUGAUUUACAACGGGAGACAACUGGAGUCUGGCAUGAAGCUACUGGAGUACAACAUCACAUCUGGAAGCACCAUUCACAUGACUCUGCGUCUCCGAGGAGGUUAAUGGAUAAAGUGUGACCAGGACUAACUGACUACAAGAACUAAACAUGUCAAAUAUAAUAGGCAUGAAAUAGGUCUGUUAAUUCUUAAAAAAACAAAACAUGAAAACAACAUGAAAAACUAAAGCACUUUUUAAGUCGUUCUAAAUAAUAUUGUCUUCUAAAUGCCAUAAAUAUAUAAUAUAUAACACAGAGUAGCUGAGUACUGAAUUUAAAAUAUAUAUUUUGUUGAUGUACUGUAACUGAUGUAAAACAUGCAUUAUUGUCCAUUAAGCCUUUAUGUAAUUCCAGUGUUUGCACUUUACAA